CUUCCACUUUCGACUAUGAGUGGCCUUGCGCCCGACAGUGUGCAAGCCGGAGACGGGUGCGCCCGACAGUGUGCAGGGUGUGCACAGUGUGGGGCGGCGUCAGCUGAUGAGGACAACAAGGCAGGUAAUAAAUUACAUCCCACAUGUGGCUCGGUGAUGCGUGGACAGAUGUACGCAGUAAUGUCUGGGCUAUUGGCUGCACUGGCAAGCCUUUGUGGGAAGUAUGCUAUGGCCAGUACAGAAGCUCAAGAUCUUUGUGAAAGUGCCCUUCUCAUGUUUCAUAAAGAGGAAAAGAUUACAGAUAUAAACAAUAUCAUCAAGAUAUGUGAUCAGUAUGCUGCAGUGCUGAGGGUGUUAUUCUUUGCCUUAAUGGUUGGUGUAAAUUGUGUCAUGUGGACUACCUUUACCAAAGCUCUUCGCUUUUCCACUACUUCUUUAGAGGCCACCAUCACCAAUACAGCAGCUAACUUCUUUUUUACGGCCAUUCUAGGUCAGGUGUUAUUUGGUGAGGUUGUUAGAAGCCUUUGGUGGAUGGGGACUGUUUUGAUCAUCAGCGGACUCUUACUUAUGCACCAUGCCAGCAAUAUUCCACCCCGCAAACCGGGCACCAGACCAAAAACCCACUAGAUCUCUUAUGAUGAGGCAUAUAUUUUUUCUAGACACCUUUUGCUUCCUAUGGUUAAUUCAAUUCUGAGUAUCAAAUAUAGCUGAUUCACAAUGGGUAUACAGGUACUUGCUUUAGUAAUGUGUAAAUAGAAUAUUUUGUGCAGGAAGAUAAUCAGAAAAAUACCUUUAGUCGGUUGCCAGUAUAUUACUGUAAUGUCCAAAUAAUCAUCUGUUCUGUUUGAUUGGCAUUAUCAGUCAAAAUAUAACCACAAAUUAAUAAUUUGAGUAAAAUACUGUAUUAUUUUUUCUUUGUUAUUGGUUUAUGAGACUCCAAUUUAUUGACCGAUUUCU